AUGGUCCUCGCCGAGGAAAAAAACGCACACGUCCGAGCGAUGCCAACGCCCGGUGCGAGCAGGAUGCAGCGCCCAGUGCGCAGCAAAUGCAGCGCCGAGCCUCCGAGCUCGGAGCGCCAAGCCUGGGGCGAAGGGGGCGGGGCGUCGAGGCGUCGAGGCGUCGAGGCUCGGUUUUCGAGGCGUCGGGGCGUCGAGGCGUCGGGGCGUCCCCGAUCUUCGGCGCCCCGACGGAGCGCCGGGGCCGCCGCCGCGCCAACGCGGCGCGAAACUGCAGAGUGGCCCCCUGCGCAAGAAUGCCCUGUGAGGUGCGCGGCUGUCGGCGGCCAGGCGAGGGGGCCAGAUCCAAGCGCGCAGGCAAGCGCCGGGGAGGAGGAGGGGGAGGAGGAGGAGGAGAAGGAGGAGCAAACGGAGGAGGACCUGCUGGGCCCGCACCACAGGCCAUCCUGGCACAGGGUCACUCUUGCGUGCAACUGACCUAAGCAAUGGUGUGCCGCCGCCGGUACGACGCCGAGGCUGACGACAGCGGCGACCAG